AUGUCUCAACUUUCAUCAGGAAUCUGUCGCCGUCUCAACGAGGCUCCUCAGGAGGAGAUAGACCAUCUUGCUUCUGGGCAUACUGUGCAGCUACUUUCCAUCAAGAAAGUGGCCCCGACACCUAGCUCGACGACCGCCACCGACAGGUUUCGCAUCAUCAUUUCCGAUGGCGUCCAUUUUGUCCAGGCGAUGUUGGCUACUCAAUUGAAUGAUCUCGUAGCAAAUGGCGACAUAAACAAAAAUACUGUGGUGGUCAUCGACAAGCUGGCCUGUAACUUCGUGCAGGACAAAAGAUUGAUUAUUAUUCUUGACCUCCACGUGGUAUCACGAGACGAAGAGAAAAUCGGGUCUCCUACUGCCCCUCCUCCCACCCAAGAUGCGCCUGCGCCCUCUGUUGUAGAGACUGCAUCCUCAUCCAUUUCUGCACCAGCUACCUCUUCGUCUACUAGUCAGGCGAAGCAGCCUCAGCCCCAGCCUCGCACUGGCCCAUCCGGCAGAGGGGGCAGGUCAGUGUACCCCAUCGAAGGACUUAGUCCUUACCAGAACAAUUGGACCAUUAAAGCUCGAGUUACCCAAAAGUCUGAUAUUAGGACUUGGUCGAAUCAGCGUGGGGAGGGGAAACUUUUCAAUGUCACAUUAAUGGACGAAUCCGGCGAAAUUCGGGGAACCGGUUUUAAUGCAGUCGUUGACGAACUAUACGAAAAGUUCGAGGAAGGCAAAGUCUACUACAUCUCCAAAGCCCGAGUGAAUCUCGCAAAGAAGAAAUUCUCGAAUCUUCAGAACGAUUAUGAGCUGAGUCUGGAGAAGAACACUGAAGUUGAAGAGUGCCUCGAGACCACCAGCGUACCUAUGAUGAAGUAUAACUUCGUGGAAUUGUCUUCGUUGGAAAAAUUGGAAAGGGAUAAUACUUGUGAUGUCAUUGGGGUCGUCAAAGAAGUUGGCCCCCUCGGCGAAAUCACAUCAAAGGCGACAAACAGGACGAUUCCUAAACGCGACUUGACCAUCGUCGACAUGUCGCAAUUCUCUGUUCGCUUGACUUUGUGGGGAAAACAAGCAGAACAGUUUGCAGCCGAUGAUCUUCCUGUCGUUGCGUUCAAAGGUGUUAAAGUUGGCGACUUUGGAGGUCGCACCCUCUCCAUGGUCAGCUCAAGUAUCAUGACAAUAUCGCCUGAUAUUGAAGAAGCACAUUUGCUACGGGGAUGGUACGAUGGUAUUGGCACUGAAAAAAAUUUCCAGUCGCACACGAGUGGUUCAUCUGGUGCAUCCUUUGGUGGUUUCAAUCGCAAUGAGAUGCGGCAUCUUAGUGACGUCAAAGAGUCUCAACUUGGCAUGUCCGACAAGGCAGAAUUCUUUUCCACUCGUGCCACUAUUAUGCACAUCAAAAGUGAAAGUAUUUCUUAUCCUGCCUGUCCCACUCAAGGUUGCAACAAAAAGGUGGUUGAUUUAGGUAGUGGCUGGAGGUGUGAAAAAUGCGACAAAACUUUCGAGCGACCGGAAUAUCGAUACAUCAUGUCAAUGGCAGUGGCUGAUUGGUCCGGUCAGGCGUGGUUGCAGGGCUUCAAUGAGGCUGGUCUAGCCGUCUUCGGGAAAACCGCAGAUGAAGAGCGAAACGAAGCAGAGUACAACGCUCUUAUGGCCCAGGCCAGCGGCGUCACGUUCAACUUCAGUUGCCGUGCAAAGCAGGACACAUACAAUGAUCAAACCCGUGUCCGUUACGGAAUAUCAAGAAUCACUUCUCUCGAUUAUCGCGAGGAAGCCAAACAUCUCGUCGACCUUCUCAAAUCUCCAUGGGCUAAGUGA